AUGUCAUCUUCACUCCCUGUGGGAAUCACAGUUCCUCCACCGGAGGUUCGGUUGAUGAUAGAGAAGACAGCCGGGUAUGUUUCCCGAAAUGGUGCAUCUUUUGAGCAGCGAAUCAAAGCCAAAGAAGCUACUAACUACAAAUUCCAGUUUCUCCUAGACAAUGAUCCCUAUAAUGGAUACUAUAAAUACGUUCUAAAGGAGAUAAAGGACGGAAACUUUAAUCAAGUGAAUGCUGCGCCUGGUGGGAUUAAAGUUGAUACAGCGACUGAAGAGAACGAUGAAGCUGCAGAUACAUUGAAAGAGCCUCCUGCCUUGGAGUUUCUUCCGGACGAGCGUGAUCUCAAAUUGGCUCCAGUUGAUCUUUCGGCCAUUAAGCUUGCUGCACAGCUUGUUGCAGUUAAUGAAGACUCGUUUAUUGAGCUACUACUAGAAUUUGGAGGGAAAAACGAGAUGAUAGGUACUCAACUGCAAUUUUUAAAUGAGUCUCAUUCGUUGCAUAAGACAUUUGUGUUUUACUUAAGAUGCUACAAGAAAAUACUAAACGAGAAGGAACAAAUAGAGACUAAGUUCGGAAAGUUCGACCAAGUAGAAUUCUUGGAUAGAUGUUUUCAAAGAGCCGAAUACGAAAAGAAGCAGAAAACAGAAAGUGCCAAGAAGCAGGGACAGCAAGAGAAAGAGAUGAUAGAAUAUGCAUCAAUUGACUGGCAGGACUUUUUUGUGGUAGAAACGGUGGAGUUUACGGAUUUGGAUGAUGUGGCUCAAUUGGAGACUCCUUUGAACAGGAAUGAAUUGGAGUAUAGGUCAUUGAUUCAAAAGAAAGCGUCUUCUUUGAUCGAAGAGGCUCCACCGGAUUAUGAAGAUAAUCAAAAUGAGGCUCAUCAGUAUAGAGAAAAGUCUUUGAGGCCAUCCCCUCAUAGGCCCACUUCUCAUAGACCUGUUCCUCAAGGAAUAAAGAUAUUAGCCCCGGGAGAAUCUCGGUUGAAAAGAAAUCACGAGGGGAAUCAAUACGAUUCGGUGACCAGAGAGAAGCUACUACGCUGUCCAUUAACUGGGAAACUUAUUCCUGAAUCCAAAUUUGCUAGGCAUAUCAGUAUUCUAUUACGGGAUCCUAAGUAUAAGCAGGAAAAGCAGAGAUACGAAGCUAAAUUUAGGUACGGAACGAAUUUGGUUCCAGAGCAAAUCUACGAAAAUAUCAAGUCUCUCGUAGAUGAGACAGAGGAUGAUCACGAUUCGAAGAAGCGCAAAGUGAUAUGGAAUGGAUCCGACAGUACUAUUUCACAGACUAAAAGACAGGCUUACAGGAAUAGAGACUAUCAAGAAGAGAAGAGAUCAAAAAGAGAAAGAGAAGAAGAACUAAACCAUAUAGGGCCCAAACGAGCAUAA